AUGGCCCUACUAAAAGUCAAAUUCAACCAGAAGAAAAGGGUAAAACUAGCUCAGGGACUAUGGCUCAUGAACUGGUUUUCAGUGUUUGCAGGAAUCAUUGUUUUCAGCAUGGGAUUGUUCCUCAAAAUUGAGCUCCGGAAGCGAAGUGAAGUGAUGGACAAUUCUGAAAGCCAUCUUGUGCCCAAUUCUUUGAUAUUGAUGGGUAUAUUAUCUUGCACCUUCAAUGCUCUUGCUGGCAAAAUUUGCUAUGAUUCUCUAGAUCCAACUAAAUUUGCAAAGUGGAAGCCUUUGCUGAAACCUUACCUGGUGUUAUGUUUCUUUUUUAACUGCCUCAUUUUUUUCAUUGCUCUGAUUUGCUUUUUCAUGAGGGGCUCUCUGGAGACGACAUUAGCAUAUGGGCUAAAGAAUGGCAUGAAGUUCUACAGGGAUACGGAUACCCCAGGAAGAUGCUUCAUGAAGAAGACAAUUGACAUGCUCCAAAUUGAGUUCAGAUGCUGUGGAAACAAUGGUUUCAGAGACUGGUUUGAGAUUCAGUGGAUCAGCAAUAGAUACCUGGAUUUUGGCUCCAAAGAAGUGAAAGAUCGAAUUAAAAGCAAUGUGGAUGGAAAGUACUUGGUUGACGGAGUCCCCUUCAGUUGCUGCAAUCCUAGUUCCCCAAGACCCUGCAUCCAGUACCAAGUCACUAACAACUCAGCUCACUACAGCUACGACUAUCAAACAGAGGAGCUCAACCUAUGGAACCGCGGCUGCAGGGAGGCACUUCUGCUCUACUUCAGCAGCAUGAUGAGCUCCAUGGGUGGCGUUGUCCUCUUUGUCUGGCUUUUUGAGGUAUCUGUGAUGGUUGGUUUGCGUCUUUUGCAAACCGCUCUGGAAAGCAUCGCAAAUCCUGAGGAUCCUGAAUGUGAAAGCGAGGGGUGGCUCCUGGAGCAGAGCCUGACAGACACUUUCAAAUCCGCAUUAGAAAGUUUGAAAAAGAUUGGUAAGUUCAAUCAGGUGGAUGCAGGUGCUGAAGGCGAAGAAGGUGGAAAGACUCCAGCCAUCACAACAGUCAGCUGAGCUUCUCUACUGAGAUGGAGUUUAUCAAAGAAAAAUGAAAAAAACUGAGAACUGUGAAUACGUAU